CAAAGCACAAGCCCUAUCUGACUUUACUGUGAUUAUUUAGCUCCCUCUCCAGAGAUAGCAAGUCUGGAAAAUCAUGUACGGUUUACUCUAUUUUCUAACGUUGUAACAGGCUAACAUCUGGAACCAGUCAGAUCGUCUACAGGGGAGGGGGCUUGGUCGUCACCCCCCUCUCUCUUGUGCGCUCUCCCUCUCUUUCCUCUCGCCAGACAAUAUCACUGCAGAAAGGUACAAGCGGCCGCUCUCCACAGGGCUAUUGAACAACUCCCGUUUCGUACGAUUUUGGCCUGGAAUUGAUGACAGAAAGUAUCUGUGAAUGAGGCACGCCACGUGUAUUUGCCUGUUUUUUGGACAGCAUUUGGUGGAAUCGAUUCUAUUGGAAGAUUUAACCCUGUGUGAGCAGCAGUUCUGGAAUAUAUAUAUUUUUUGUUGUUGCGCUGAGAGCUUGAAUCUUUGCUUGUAUUCCUUUUACGGCAUCAGUGGCAGCGCGCGGGUUUUGGUGUCAUUGGUCCGGCUUUUUUGAUGCACCCUAUUUAAAACAUUUGCGGGCAAAUUGAUAGGAUUUUGAUUAAUAAGUAGGCUAGCAGCAAAUGGUGCUAGUGCCAUGUUUCUUAGGUAGGGCCCGGAUGUUCCGAGGAUGCACUGGUUCGUCUUCUUAGGUGGUUCAAGCAAAUAUCUAUUUAUGUGUUCUAACUCCAGAAUGGGGAUCAGGUAAUAUUUACUGAAACGCAACAAGAAAAAAAAGGAAUAUCGAAAGCUGUUCGGGCGCUAUUCUUUUUUUUAUUUUCCUCCUGUUUGGUUUCUUCUAUUUUUCUCUACUCCUUUUUACAACCUUUUUCUCCAUUCACCUACGGAUAAAGCUGGAUCACAUUUAUGGUAAAUGAAAGCAGAAACAUGUACAUACCAGAGGACACCCUUGAGAACCAUCAAGGCUCCGACUACUCCCCCCCACCGCUGCCGCUGCCGGUGGCGGCGCCCAGUCUGAACGACACCAGCGUUGCAGAUGGAGGAGGCGGCGUGGGUGUCAUCACUGCCCUGGGUGGAAGUGGAGGUGGGCGCGGGCCCCUGGAGGCCGUGGUGGGAGGGGCGGUGGUGGGGCUAGCGGCAGAGCACAUCCCCAGCGGGCCGGGGGCAGCCCUCACCUGGCAGGCGGCCAUCGAGGCGGCGCGGCAGGCCAAGCAGAUGGGUAACGCGGGCGCGCCCAUCUCCACAGCCAGCUCCACACAGAGGAAGAGACAGCACUACACCAACAAGCCCAAGAAACCCGUCAACACGGCCCCAACCAGACCUCCCAGAGCCCUGCUCUGUCUCACCCUCAAGAACCCCAUCCGCAGAGCAUGCAUCAGCAUCGUGGAGUGGAAACCGUUUGAAAUUAUCAUUUUGAUGACUAUAUUUGCGAACUGCGUGGCCUUAGCUGUCUACAUCCCCUUCCCAGAGGACGACUCCAACGCCACCAACUCAAACCUGGAGCGGGUAGAGUAUCUCUUCCUCAUCGUCUUCACAGUAGAAGCCUUUCUGAAGGUAAUAGCCUACGGACUGCUCUUCCACCCGAACGCAUACCUGAGGAACGGGUGGAACUUACUGGAUUUCAUCAUCGUGGUCGUGGGGCUCUUCAGUGCUAUAUUAGAGCAGGCCACCAAAGUGGACGGAGGGACGCCCAUAGGGGGGAAGGCAGCGGGCUUCGAUGUGAAGGCACUCCGGGCGUUCAGGGUGCUGAGGCCGCUCAGACUGGUGUCUGGGGUGCCCAGUCUUCAGGUGGUGUUGAACUCCAUCAUCAAGGCCAUGGUUCCUCUCCUCCACAUCGCCCUGCUGGUCCUGUUCGUCAUCAUCAUCUACGCCAUCAUCGGCCUGGAGCUGUUCAUGGGCAAGAUGCACCGCACCUGUUUCUACCACAGAGAGGGACAUCCCUUCUACAGAGGUCCCAUAGUGGAGGAGAAGCCGGCCCCCUGCGCUCCUGACGGGGCUCACGGCCGCCACUGCUCCCAGAACGCCACGCAAUGCAUGAUGGGCUGGGAGGGGCCUAACGAUGGCAUCACUAACUUCGACAACUUUGCCUUCGCCAUGUUGACGGUGUUCCAGUGCAUCACCAUGGAGGGCUGGACAGACGUCCUCUACUGGAUGCAAGAUGCUAUGGGCUAUGAACUUCCCUGGGCCUAUUUUGUCAGUCUCGUCAUCUUUGGAUCCUUUUUCGUUCUAAAUCUGGUUCUGGGGGUGUUGAGCGGAGAGUUUUCCAAAGAGAGAGAGAAGGCCAAGGCCAGAGGAGACUUCCAGAAGCUGAGAGAGAAGCAGCAGCUGGAGGAGGAUCUGAAGGGUUAUCUGGACUGGAUCACACAGGCUGAAGACAUCGACCCAGAGAACGAGGACGAGGGGCUCGACGAGGAGAAGCCCAGAAACCUGAGCAUGCCGGCCAGUGAGAAUGAGUCAGUGAAUACUGACGCCACUCCAGCAGGAGAUAUGGAGGGAGAGACCUGCUGUACCCGGCUAGCAAAUAGAAUCUCCAAAUCCAAGUUCAGUCGGUACUCGCGGCGGUGGAACCGUCUGUGUCGUCGUAAGUGUCGAGCGGGGGUCAAAUCCAGCGUGUUCUAUUGGCUGGUGAUCUUCCUGGUCUUCCUCAACACUCUAACCAUCGCUUCAGAGCACCAUAAACAGGCUGACUGGCUCACAGAUGCCCAAGACAUAGCCAACAAGGUCCUGCUGGCGUUGUUUACAGGGGAGAUGCUGUUAAAGAUGUACAGCCUGGGUCUACAGGCCUACUUCGUGUCUCUGUUCAACCGCUUUGACAGCUUUGUGGUGUGUGGAGGCAUCCUGGAGACCAUUCUGGUGGAGACCAAGAUCAUGUCCCCGCUAGGCAUCUCUGUUCUGCGCUGCGUACGCCUUCUACGCAUCUUCAAAAUCACAAGGUAUUGGAACUCUCUGAGUAACCUGGUGGCAUCGCUGCUGAACUCUGUUCGCUCCAUCGCCUCCCUGUUACUGCUACUCUUCCUCUUCAUCAUCAUCUUCAGCCUGCUCGGCAUGCAGCUCUUCGGAGGCAAGUUCAACUUUGACGAGACGCGCCGGUCAACCUUCGACAACUUCCCCCAGUCGCUGCUCACCGUCUUUCAGAUCCUGACAGGUGAGGACUGGAACUCGGUGAUGUAUGACGGCAUCAUGGCCUACGGAGGAGCGUCCUUCCCAGGGAUGCUAGUCUGUAUCUACUUCAUCAUCCUGUUCAUCUGUGGAAACUAUAUCCUGCUGAAUGUCUUCUUGGCCAUCGCCGUGGACAACCUGGCUGAUGCUGAGAGUCUGACGUCAGCACAGAAGGAGGAGGAGGAGGAGAAGGAGAGGAAGAAGCUGGCCAGAACGGCCAGUCCGGAGAAACGUCAUGUCAACGAAAAGCCCCCGAUGAUCGAGGCAGAAGAGAAGAAGGAGGAGAAGAUUGAGCUGAAGUCCAUCACCUCAGACGGAGAGACAACCAAUGCCACCAAGAUCAACAUUGAUGAGUACCAAGCAGAUGUGAAUGAAGAGAAGAACCCGUAUCCAGCUAAUGAUUUUCCAGGUGCCACUGUACCGGUGAUAAAAAGAGAGGAGGAGGAGCCUGAGAUGCCGGUGGGCCCCCGGCCUCGGCCCCUGUCUGACAUUCAGCUGAAGGAGAAGGCUAUUCCCAUGCCUGAGGCCCGGGCUUUCUUCAUCUUCAGCAACACCAACAAGUUCAGGGUUCUGUGCCAUAAGAUGGUGAACCACAACAUCUUCACCAACCUCAUCCUGUUCUUCAUUCUACUGAGCAGUAUCUCUCUGGCAGCAGAGGAUCCUGUCCGGAACGACUCCUUCAGGAACCAGAUAUUAGGCUAUGCAGACCAUGUCUUCACUGGGCUCUUCACCAUAGAGAUCAUUCUGAAGAUGACAGCGUACGGGGCGUUCAUCCAUAAGGGUUCGUUCUGUCGGAACUACUUCAACAUCCUGGAUCUGGUGGUGGUCAGCGUGUCUCUCAUCUCCUCUGGAAUACAGUCCAGUGCCAUCAACGUGGUGAAGAUCCUUCGUGUUCUCAGAGUGCUUCGGCCCCUGAGGGCUAUCAACAGGGCCAAGGGCCUCAAACAUGUGGUCCAGUGUGUGUUCGUGGCCAUCCGAACCAUCGGAAACAUCGUGAUCGUCACCUCUCUGCUGCAGUUCAUGUUUGCCUGCAUUGGAGUACAACUCUUCAAGGGGAAGUUUUUCUACUGCUCAGACACCUCCAAGUCUACAGAGCCUGAAUGCAGGGGUUCAUACAUCAUGUAUAAGGACGGCGACGUGGGGAAGCCAGAGAGGUCCAUGCGUGUCUGGGAGAACAGUGACUUCAACUUUGACGACGUGCUCCAGGGGAUGAUGGCUCUGUUCGCCGUCUCCACCUUUGAAGGAUGGCCAGCACUCCUGUACCGGGCCAUAGACUCCCAUUCAGAGGACCUGGGCCCUGUCUACAACUACAGAGUGGUCGUGUCCAUCUUCUUCAUCAUCUACAUCAUCAUCAUCGCCUUCUUCAUGAUGAACAUCUUCGUCGGUUUCGUCAUUGUCACUUUCCAGGAGCAGGGAGAGCAGGAGUAUAAGAACUGUGAGCUGGACAAGAACCAGCGUCAGUGUGUGGAAUAUGCCCUGAAGGCCCGUCCCCUACGUCGGUACAUCCCUAAGAACCAGUACCAGUACAAGGUGUGGUACGUGGUCAACUCCACCUACUUUGAGUACCUGAUGUUUACCCUCAUCCUGCUGAACACCAUCUGUCUGGCCAUGCAGCAUCACGGCCAGACCCACUCCUUCAACGAUGCUAUGAACAUCCUCAACAUGCUGUUCACCGGCCUCUUCACUGUGGAGAUGAUCCUUAAACUCAUCGCCUUCAAACCACGGCAUUAUUUUGUUGAUGCAUGGAACACAUUUGAUGCCUUAAUAGUUGUGGGUAGCGUUGUUGACAUAGCGAUCACUGAGGUUAACGGACUACAAAACUCUGAAGAUAACGCCAGGAUCUCCAUCACCUUCUUCCGGCUCUUCAGAGUGAUGAGGCUGGUCAAACUGCUGUCUCGGGGAGAAGGGAUACGGACCCUGCUGUGGACCUUCAUCAAGUCCUUUCAAGCCCUCCCCUAUGUAGCACUGCUCAUAGUGAUGCUCUUUUUCAUCUACGCCGUCAUUGGAAUGCAGAUGUUUGGUAAGAUAGCCCUGAGAGACAACAGUCAGAUCAACAGGAACAACAACUUCCAGACCUUCCCCCAGGCUACACUGCUGCUCUUCAGGUGUGCCACAGGCGAGGCGUGGCAGGAGAUCAUGCUGGCAUGCGCCCCCAUGCGACCCUGUGAGAAGGGGUCAGAGGUGGGGCCAGCCAGCGAGGACCAGUGUGGGAGUCACUUCGCUAUCUUCUACUUCGUCAGCUUCUACAUGCUCUGUGCCUUCCUGAUCAUCAACCUGUUUGUGGCUGUGAUCAUGGAUAACUUUGACUACCUGACCAGAGACUGGUCUAUUCUAGGACCACACCACCUGGAUGAGUUCAAGAGGAUCUGGGCUGAAUACGACCCUGAGGCCAAGGGUCGUAUCAAGCACCUAGAUGUGGUAACUUUGUUGAGGAGGAUUCAGCCUCCUCUGGGCUUCGGGAAGCUCUGUCCCCACCGGGUGGCCUGCAAGCGUCUGGUCUCCAUGAACAUGCCCCUGAAUAGCGAUGGCACAGUCAUGUUCAAUGCCACCCUGUUUGCCCUGGUGCGAACAGCACUGAGGAUCAAGACUGAUGGUAACUUGGAGCAGGCGAACGAGGAGCUUCGGGCCAUAGUGAAGAAGAUCUGGAAGAGAACCAGUAUGAAGCUGCUGGAUCAGGUCGUGCCCCCUGCUGGAGAUGAUGAGGUGACGGUUGGGAAGUUCUACGCCACUUUCCUGAUCCAGGAGUACUUCAGGAAGUUUAAGAAGCGUAAAGAGCAGGGCCUGGUGGCCAAGGUACCCCCCAAGACGGCUCUCUCCCUGCAGGCGGGCCUGCGGACGCUCCAUGACAUGGGUCCUGAGAUCCGGAGGGCCAUAUCAGGUGACCUCACAGUGGAGGAGGACCUGGACAAGUCGAUGAAGGAGCCGGUCUCUGCUGCGUCUGAGGACGAUAUCUUCAGGCGAGCGGGUGGGUUGUUUGGCAACCACGUCAGCUACUACAACGACGGGCGCGACAGCGGGCGCAACACCUUCCCACAAUCCUUCACCACGCAGCGCCCGCUCCACAUCAGCCAGACGGGCAGCCCCGGCGAGGGCGAGUCCCCAUCCCACGAGAAGUUGAUGGACUCCACCACCUUCACCCCGAGCUCCUACUCUUCCUCGGGCUCCAAUGCUAACAUCAACAAUGCCAACAACACGGCGGUCCCCGGUGUGGUAGUGGGGGUUGGUGGUCCAGGGGGGGUCAGCCGUUUCCAUAGCCCCAGCAUCAGUACUGUGGACGGGCAGAGCGGACCCCCGCUAACCCCGAUACUACUGCCGAGGUCUGCAUGGUGCUUCCCUCCCAAGAGGGUGUGUUUCUACGACUCCCUCAUGCGCUCUGACUCCACUGACAGCCGUCUGCCGUUCAUCAGGCGAGAGGAGGCCUCGACGGACGAAACGUACGAUGAGAGUUACGCGGAUGAGAGAGAAUACCACCGAAGCGACCAGAACAUUCUCACCUCAGACAUGCUGGUGUAUCAGGAUGAGGAGAGCAAGCAGCUGACUCCUAUGGAGGAUGGGGAGGACAGGAGACCCUGGCACUCUCCCAGACGAGCUUUCCUCUGUCCCACAGCUCUGGGUCGGCGGUCGUCCUUCCAUCUGGAGUGUCUGAGGAGACAGACGAGAGCAGACGUCUCCCAGAAGACAGUACUACCGCUGCACCUGGUACACCAUCAGGCACUAGCAGUAGCAGGUCUGAGCCCCCUGCUUCGACGGAGCCACUCCCCGACCCUCUUCACGCAGCUCUGCUCUACGCGUCCUACCAGUCCCACAGGCCGGGGUAGCCAGGCCUCCUACCAGCGUGUGCCCACCCUCCGCCUCCAGGGCACCGGCUCCUACGAGCUCAACUCCAGCCUGCCCUCGGUCAACUGUGGGCCGUGGUACAGCGACAGCAACGGGAACAGUUCCGGUAUCAGCCCUGGGGUGGGUACGGCCAGCCAGCGGCCGCCGCGGCCCGUCUCCCUCACUGUGCCCAGCUCGGUGCACAAGGACGCUACAUCGUUGUCCCACGGUAGCGCCGGCAGCCUGGUGGAAGCGGUGUUGAUAUCAGAGGGCCUUGGCCAUUUCGCUCAGGACCCGUCCUUCAUCGAGGUGACCAAGCAGGAGCUGGCGGACGCGUGUGACAUGACCAUCGAGGAGAUGGAGAACGCAGCCGACAACAUCCUCAACGGCAACAACCAGCGCAGUCCCAACGGCAACCUUUUACCCUACAUGCACUGCAACAGGGACCAUGCUGCUUCCCAGGAGCCAGGCCUCAGCCUCAGCGAUGGGCCUGGGGCCGUUCGGGGGGCCACGGCCUCUGGGGAGAUUGAGGAGCUACUAGGGGCCACUCACCUAGGGCAGCACGGGGAUCCGGAGGAUGAGGAGGGGUUGGAGGUGGUGGGAGGGGAGGAAGAGCACACCGGGGGUGUGGAGGUGGUGGUGGAGGUGGGGCAGAGGAACAGCGGCCUGUUGGAGGAUGAGGACAUGGAGUGUGUAACCAGUUUGUAGGGUUGGACCCUCACACACACAGCAGCAACAGUGGACCUUGGUCUGGACCCCCCUCUAUCUCUCUCUCUCUCUCUGUCUGCUGGAUGAGACCUGACGUUGGCGGUCCACGGCACGGACCAUUACUUCUAAACAUAUUUAUUUAGUUUUAUGGAACAAAUGUUAUUUGAUGGGAUUGAUUUGGGUUUUCGUGUGUGUGUGUGUGUGUGUGUGUGUGUGUGUGUGUGUGUGUGUGUGUGUGUGUGUGUGUGUGUGUGUGUGUGUGUGUGUGUGUGUGUGUGUGUGUGUGUGUGUGUGUGUGUGUGUGUGUGUGUGUGUGUUUCAAAAGUGCCUCACAGUUAUCACGUCCUUGAACGAAUGGUGGAGAACGAGGAGGAGUAAGGAAGCCUAAAUGAAAAGGACAGCAGUCAGGAGAAUAGAGGAGGAGUAGGGAAGCCUAAAUGAAAAGGACAGAAGUCAGGAGAAUAGACGAGGAGUAGGGAAGCCUAAAUGAAAAGGACAGAAGUCAGGAGAAUAGAGGAGGAGUAGGGAAGCCUAAAUGAAAAGGACAGAAGUCAGGAGAAUAGACGAGGAGUAGGGAAGCCUAAAUGAAAAGGACAGCAGUCAGGAGACUAGAGGAGGAGUAGGGAAGCCUAAAUGAAAAGGACAGAAGUCAGGAGAAUAGACGAGGAGUAGGGAAGCCUAAAUGAAAAGGACAGAAGUCAGGAGAAUAGAGGAGGAGUAGGGAAGCCUAAAUGAAAAGGACAGCAGUCAGGAGACUAGAGGAGGAGUAGGGAAGCCUAAAUGAAAAGGACAGCAGUCAGGAGACUAGAGGAGGAGUAGGGAAGCCUAAAUGAAAAGGACAGAAGUCAGGAGACUAGAGGAGGAGUAGGGAAGCCUAAAUGAAAAGGACAGCAGUCAGGAGACUAGAGGAGGAGUAGGGAAGCCUAAAUGAAAAGGACAGCAGUCAGGAGACUAGAGGAGGAGUAGGGAAGCCUAAAUGAAAAGGACAGAAGUCAGGAGACUAGAUGAGGAAGAAGAACUGUAUGUUUGUAUUCCAUGUGUUGUUUCUGUCUUCCCUUCGUUCUUCAAGUGCGUCGUUUUCGGCGCUGUGGCCACCAGGCAGAUGCAUUCUGGGAUAAUAAAUAACCUCUGCCCCAGCGGAGUUAGAGGUUAGAGGUCGUGCUGUUGAGGUUCUUCCUAUUUCUCCUCGCGCUGCGUUUCCCUUCAGAGCCGGGCCACCUACUGUAAGACUGCUGGAUUCUGCUGGCGACCAACACAGGGAACCUUUGGAAGAGGGAACUGCCAGCAAGGGGGACGUGUUUAAGGGACGGACCCUCACCCAGGAUUUCUAUAUUGACAAUUAAACAUAGACACUGGACUGUACGGAGGAGCCAACGACAGGGAGAGACACUGACCACCAGGAUGUGUCUAUCUGUAAGGAGGAGCCAAUGACAGGGAGCGACACUGACAUCCAGGAUGUGUCUAUCUGUAAGGAGGAGCCAAUGACAGGGAGCGAUACAGAGAGACGCUGACAUCCAGGAUGUGUUUAUCUGUAUCAUGCUCAGCUGUCGUGCCGUCCACCAACACCCUACGCCCUCCUCCUCUCCUCCAUCCCUCUUUCCUCCCUCCACCACUCGCUCACCUCCCUCUCUGUCAUAAUGCCCUCACUUCCUCAUCGCAUGUAGCCACUUCCUGUUCCAAACAGGAAACAGGAAGUGUUGACUAACGUCUGGUCCUAAACAGGGACAGCGCCACCUAGCUGCCAUGGUUACCUCAACCUCCCAUCCUCCGUUCUCUCUCUCUCUCUCUCUCUCAGUUCAGUUAUUAAAUCUGCAUUGUUUUGGUUGUAGUCGUUUAUCGGUUAUAGUUUUAAACUCCUCAGUGGUCCGUUCAUCCUGCUAUCCUCGCUGUAUGAUGUGUUGGGGGAUGAGUGUAGGAAAGGAGGAGAAGAACCUGGGCAGGGCUGAGGUAAGCUAUGGCCUUUCUUGUCUGUGACAAUACAGUGGCUAGGUGUUGGUUCCAAGUUUCUAUAAUCACCACAACACACAGAUCAGAAUCCGAUCCACUUCAUGUAUUUUACACACACACAAACAGUAUUGUGCAAAACUGGCCAGACUUGAUUUCUUAAUUUGUUAUUUUUCAUGAUGUAAUUUAUCCUUAUUUUUGCCCAAAUCGGGGUGCUGGCCCAAACUGUGUAUUUUGCUUGAUUUAUGUUUUAGGAGAUUUUAAGAAGUUUAAGAAGUAUUGAAACCUGUGUGUGUGGGGUGCAGCGGCAGGACGUAGUAAAAUGUGGACCUAUCAGUAUGCAUCUUUUAAACACAUUGUAUUUAUUUAUUUAUUUAUUUUAUCCCUGAGGUGAAAGCUCUAUUUUGGAAGGGGUGAAAUAUGUAUCGCUGUUUCUUAAAAGCAACACUAUACCUAAACGGUUAAAUUAAGGUAGCAUUAACUAAGUAUGGUGUCAUGUUUCACUUUGAUCUAUCACCCUACCACCUGAACAGAAAACCAUUUGACAGGCAUGCUUCCAACGCUGAGUGUUUUUCCUCCUAUCGCUGCUUUAAUUAUUUGAUGGUUGUUUUGUUGUUCUGAAUAUUGAACUACUGAGGUUUUGAUCAGAGCUCAUCAAGGAGCCUAUCAGAGGGCAGGACGGGCUAGACCAAUCAGAGAACAGAACAGGAUAAGCCAAUCAGACAGGGGCUCUGUGACCUUCGAACACCUGAGCUGUGACAUGAUGACUACUAUAUAUCACCCUGUUAGGCACUCCCAUAGAUAUGUAGUAGAGAAGCUCAUCUCCAUGUUAAAACUGGCCAAAUGUGCCCUCUAUCCAACUCUAUGGGCCUGCCAGGCCUAAUGAGAUGCAUCUGAUGCAACCUCUGUGCUCCUGUCCAUUGCGUCAACGGCGACAGACGGAAUAAAUGACCCCAACUCACAGACUGCAGCCAGACGGUACUCGUAGACCUAGAGACAAAGAUAAUAUUCGGGGGGACAGAGAUAACAUUCGGGGGACAGAGAUAAUAUUCAGGGGGACAGAGAUAAUAUUCAGGGGGACAGAGAUAAUAUUCAGGGGGACAGAGAUAAUAUUCGGUGCGCGAGGAAGAAAUGCCACGUAAUAGCAGGACGUUGGCGUUAGGAGCCUUUUCCCAGUAAACGCUUCCCAGGGAGACGUACACGAUCAGUGGGAUUGUGAUUCUACAUCUCCUGUUGGAUGUCUCUGCUUUGUGGGGCUACUGACCGUCAGCAUGACUCAGACUGACACAUGUUUUAUUAUCAACCUAAUUAUGCAAAUAUGAUGUUCAAAGUGUUCAACGUGUCAAUGAUAUUGUAGUGUGAUGAAUCUAUCCUGACGAUACAGUAGGAAUCUCUGUGGUACAGACUGUCUAUGAUGUCACUGCGUUGUCUGUACAGUGCACACACGUGUGAAGCUUAAAACAUUUAUAAAAUAUAUAUUUUCAAUGCUUUUUCCGCCGUCCAAAAUCCUUUUUGUUUUAUCAUGGGUCUGAACAUCAAGGUUGAGGAGGUCUUUGGGCUGUCAGUGUUGCAGGACAGAUUGUAAUGAUGAUGACGGUCUUUCCCAUUCCCUAUAUAUCCCAGAGAUGUUGUUAGUUACAGUAAUCCAAAACUACCAUCCUACCACUUUACCAUCCUACCACGUAACCAUUCUCCCGCUUUACCAUCCUACCGCUUUACCAUCCUACCGUGUUACCAUCCUACCACUUUACCAUCCUACCACGUUACCAUCCUACCACUUUACCAUCCUACCACUUUACCAUCCUACCACGUUACCAUCCUACCACUUUACCAUCCUACCGCGUUACCAUCCUACCACUUUACCAUCCUACCGCGUUACCAUCCUACCACUUUACCAUCCUACCGUGUUACCAUCCUACCACUUUACCAUCCUACCGCGUUACCAUCCUACCACUUUACCAUCCUACUGUGUUACCAUCCUACCGCGUUACCAUCCUACCACUUUACCAUCCUACCACUUUACCAUCCUACCACUUUACCAUCCUACCACGUUACCAUCCUACCACUUUACCAUCCUACCACUUUACCAUCCUACCGCGUUACCAUCCUACCACUUUACCAUCCUACCGCGUUACCAUCCUACCACUUUACCAUCCUACCGUGUUACCAUCCUACCACUUUACCAUCCUACCGCGUUACCAUCCUACCACUUUACUAUCCUACCGUGUUACCAUCCUACCACGUUACCAUCCUACCACUUUACCAUCCUACCACGUUACCAUCCUACCACUCUACCAUCCUACCACUUUACCAUCCUACCACGUUACCAUCCUACCACUUUACCAUCCUACCACUUUACCAUCCUACUGCGUUACAAUCCUACCGCUUUACCAUCCUACCGCUUUACCAUUCUACCACGUUACCAUCCUACCGCUUUACCAUCCUACCACUUUACCAUUCUACCAUGUUACAAUUCUACCACUGUAUCAUCCUACCACGUUACCAUCCUAUCACGUUACCAUCCUACCAUUUUUCAUCCUACCAUGGUAUCAUUCUACCACGUUACCCUACUACCACUUUACCAUCCUACGACGUUACCAUCCUACCACAUUACCAUCCUACCACUUUAUCAUCCUACCACUUUACCAUCCUACCACGUUACCAUCCUACCACAUUACCAUCCUACCACAUUACCAUCCUACCACUUUAUCAUCCUACCACUUUAUCAUUCUACCACAUUACCAUCCUAUCACAUUAUCAUUCUACCACGUUACCCUACUACCACAUUACCAUCCUAUCACGUUACCAUCCUACCACAUUACCAUCCUACCACAUUACCAUCCUACCACAUUACCAUCCUACCACAUUACCAUCCUACCACGUUACCAUCCUACCACGUUACCAGCCUGUUAAAGUUCCCAUGUUGUAUAGCUAGCUGCAGGGUAACUAAGCUCCUCUCUGAAGGCUCACACUUAUAGCCAUAUAGCCUGAUGAAUGUUUACUUGAAACGAAGAAACCCCACUCCAAAAUAAUGCAAAGCUUGUGAACUUUUAAGUAGAGACUUCCACUCACUCACCCACCCCUUCCCCCACCAUCCUAUUUCUACAGAAUAGAUUAUUUUGGUUUCUAUACAUCCCCAACAAACUGUGCCAUACAUAUAUUCAUAUACAUACAGUACUUCAAGAAUACUUCGAGAGUACUUCAAGAGUACUUCAAAAGUACUUCAUAGUACUUUUGAAUUGGGAGGCCUGAGACCCAUUGUUUGUGGCUGUGAGUUUGUGAGAGAAUGCCAGAGGCUGAAUCCCUGUGAGGAGUUGGUACAUCAGCCAUGACGUCUAUGUUGUUUGACGCUAACAGAGUUAUGUUGGUAGAGUAAGGAGUGAGUGGGCGUGUGCUUGCUGUCCACAAGAUAUGCAAAAACAAUGCACUAACUUAAACAAGAAGAUCCAUAUGGUUAAUUAUAAAACAUUUUUGUUAAAUAUAGUUGUACAAAAGAAGUGAUAAAGAGAACAAAUUGUAUUAUAGAUAUAAUAUAUUUAUGUUUUAAUUUGUUUUGUUGGGUUACAGCGUUAUUUUGAAUUGAGGAAGAAACCUGUUAUACUUGAAAUCAGGUUAAUUUCAGUAUAUAAUAAGAUGUAUUUAAUUCUUGAUUUCCAUCUAUUUUCUCUUUUUAUUAGUUGUCAUAAACGUUCAUGAAUUGAAAAACUACGAGAUGUACAUUAUUGCAUGAGAUUUUCAGUUCAGCAUUUCAGUGUGCCAAGUUUUGAAAUGUGUUGAUUCUGUUAACAGGCAAAGUUCAGUAUUAUAACUACAAAGAAAAGGGUUGCUAUUUUUCAAUAUAUUUGUUUUGUAAAUAUCAACUUAGGGUCGAUACAUAUUGCAGCUACUGUGUUGAACAGACCCAUAGGAGAGGACAUGCUUUGUUUAAAACUGAUUUUUUGCAUAUCUUGUGUUUAUCCAAGUGGUGAAAAGUGGUCUGUACUUUAUCUGAAGCAGGGCACAGCACUCUUUCUUCAUGUCUUAUUCCGUUGAUGACUGAGCAACCAUUUCCCGUCACAGAUGAGGCUGACUGUGUGAUGAAAGGAAGGUUUUAACGACUAUACCAAAUAGGAACUAUCCUCUAUCCCCUGAACUCUGACCCCAACCUAAUUUCAGAGGACUUUCUUUGGGGGGGGGGGGGGGACACAAGGUGACUGUGUUGAUCCCUUAUUUUGACGGUGAGUGCAAAUAGUUGCUAUAAGAGACAGGGGGGAAAAGAGUUGUUGAAUAGAAGACCUGUUGCCUGUCUGACAUUAUCAUUGCGUUAUUGUUUUUUACAGGCAUGAUGUGAAAUAGUUUUAGAUGUGGUCUCUUUGAGAGCGUAUUCCCCACAAGAUAGACCCAGUAGACAAAUGAGAUUUGAUCACAUUGACAAUCCAUCUGACGAAUAAGGAUAUAUAUUUAUUGAAUGUAUACAUAGUCUUUUGGAGAGAGUUUAUGAACAGGAGGAAACAGCAAAGUAUUGUGUAUAACAUGCAUGGACUUGUCCAAAAGGCAUAGCACUGGCCAUGAUGGAAUGACACAUAUCAUUUCACUGGUUCACGAUUGUAUAUAUUUUUUUAUAAACUAUAUAUUAUCAUAGCUUCGUUUAUAAAUACAAUAUAUAUCACUCCUCUGAAUGUCAAGGUAUAAAGGAAGGAGAAUGUAUUGCGUGAAAUGUCCAGAGGUGGUGUUGCAACAGAACUACAUGACAUGGUUGUUGAACGACACGUCCUCCGUAGCCGACGUUGACCCCUUGUGUUGUAUUUUGAUUGAACGAAGGUUGUGGAACGUUUACUCCAACAACGACGUCAUAUCGUUUUACUGGGACUUUUAUUGAUAAAGGGACAACGGUGAGACCAUGGAUUGUAUUUUAGCAUUAAAAGGGCUUUCUGAAGGAGGCUUAGGCUAUAGGCCCUGGUCAAAUGUAGUGUACUAUAUAGGGAAUAGGACUCUGGUAAAAUGUAGUGUACUAUAUAGGGAAUAGGGCCCUGGUCAAAUGUAGUGUACUAUAUAGGGAAUAGGACUCUGGUCAAAUGUAGUGUACUAUAUAGGGAAUAGGACUCUGGUCAAAUGUAGUGUACUAUAUAGGGAAUAGGGCCCUGGUCAAAUGUAGUGUACUAUAUAGGGAAUAGGGCCCUGGUAAAAUGUAGUGUACUAUAUAGGGAAUAGGACUCUGGUAAAAUGUAGUGUACUAUAUAGGGAAUAAGGCCCUGGUCAAAUGUAGUGUACUAUAUAGGGAAUAGGACUCCGGUCAAAUGUAGUGUACUAUAUAGGGAAUAGGGCCCUGGUCAAAUGUAGUGUACUAUAUAGGGAAUAGGACUCCGGUCAAAUGUAGUGUACUAUAUAGUAUAUAGGGAAUAUAGAGCCAUUUAGGACAUAAGUAUAUGUAAUAAUUUCCAUAUAAAGGACUGAGGUCAGGCCCAUGUACAUAAUCUACCUACAGUAUAUCUCAUCCAAAGCCUUUGUGUUGCUGUAUUUGCACCCCUGCUUCAGUCAGUGCUGUCAUCGAGUGUGUUUUGUUUAGACCCCCCUCUAAACACUUAGCUACACCCUCCCUCCUCUCUUUGGGUUGUGUCCUGUGAAUUCCCCCCUAUUCAUUCAGGGUGCUGUGUGCUAAACUAUUUGUGCUGCAGUGUUUGUGUGGCGUCAGGUACCUCGUCUCAGAUGACGAGUGCAACUGUUGAAAGCCAUGGAUGUCUUGUCAGGCCCGGGCUGAGAUGUCUUCGCUGUUGUCUCUGUAGCGUUGUGGCUGUGGCAUGCUGGGGAAGUUGUUGACAGAAAAGGUACUGCUACUCGUAGAAACAUAGGUGAUUACAUGAAAGUUGACGCUUCUAAUUAUCAAUGAAUUAUCAAGGUGGACGAGGUGCAAUUUGUAGCACUGGAAAGACCACCUCUCCUUGAUGAGUUAAAUAGGUUUUUAUUAACAAAUAACUAUACAUACGAUACAAUGUCAUUCAUAGACAUUUCACCCCCCAAAAAAUCUAAUUUGCCAAAAAUAUUUUCCCUGUUUCCCUCAGUGAUGUUGAAAGAUCAUAAAUGUGGAGCUCAUUUUGUUCUCUUUUAGAGAACCUUUUGAAUCAGUCAGUCACUUUAUCUGAAGGAAAAGUGUUAAGGACUUUCUGAAGAACAUGAUCGGACACUGACAAGUGGUUUACCAGCAGUGGACUGCUGACUGUGCCGGAUGUGGGCCACUACAUGAUUGCUAGCUGGGGGAAUAGGUUCUGGGUGACACUGGCCAAAGACAUUGAUAGUUCCCCAUGGACUGCUGUUCAGGUCAGCUUGUCACAUAUCCUCGACUGAGGGAUAACCAUAGAGACGUACUAGAGAGAUCAUCUAUCUAAACAGGCUUGGUUGAAAUGGCUGAUCCUCUUGUUGUGAUGUUAAAAGUAACCAGCUGUAUUUGUCACAGUUUUCACAGAUUCCUUUAUUAAGACGUGACUCUGUAUCACAGUAUUACAGAUUCCUUUAUUGAGACGUGGCUCUGUAACACAGUAUUACAGAUUCCUUUAUUAAGACGUGACUCUGUACCACAGUAUUACAGAUUCCUUUAUUGAGACGUGACUCUGUAACACAGUAUUACAGAUUCCUUUAUUGAGACGUGACUCUGUAACACAGUAUUACAGAUUCCUUUAUUGAGACGUGACUCUGUAACACAGUAUUACAGAUUCCUUUAUUGAGACGUGACUGUACCACAGUAUUACAGAUUCCUUUAUUGAGACGUGACUCUGUACCACAGUAUUACAGAUUCCUUCAUUGAGACGUGACUCUGUACCACAGUAUUACAGAUUCCUUUAUUGAGACGGGACUCUGUAACACAGUAUUACAGAUUCCUUUAUUGAGACGUGACUCUGUACCACAGUAUUACAGAUUCCUUUAUUGAGACGUGACUCUGUACCACAGUAUUACAGAUUCCUUUAUUGAGACGUGACUCUGUAACACAGUAUUACAGAUGGAUCUUAUAUUUUCUUAAUUGUUGUUAAUUGUUGUAAAUUAAUUGUUGUUGAUCAUUUUGAUCGAGACAUAAAUAUUUUAAGAACUAUUUUAAAUAUAGACUUUAUUUUCCUUUUCUAGGUAAAGUCAAGAUCUAGUUAGCGUUUACUAAUUAAACAUCUCUCAUCCCUUUCCUUUUUUUGAAAUGAAAGAAUAUCCCUUUUUCAGUUUUGUUGUACAACCAUUAUACAUUAUGUAAUGGGGGAAGAAAACACAAAACUGUUUAUAAAUUAAAAACACUAUUUUAUAUAUCCUGAAUGAAACAUAUAUCUAUAGUAAUUCCUUAUAUUGUGGAUAGCAUAUUUUUUAGGAAUGUUAACUGGAGUAACGAGUUAUAGGCUGAAUUGAAACCUUUCAGAUGCUACAGGUAGCUACAGUAUAGAGAGACCUCAUACUGCUGACACUACUCACAAUGUGCGGGCGUGGUUAUCAGAGAGGAAACUGUCUUGUUGAGGAUUUACGUUUUAACUAAAUGCUUUGCCACUAUUGACAGAUGUAAUGUUUCCCCAAAAUCCCACAUCAUGCUAGCCAGCCAAGCCUUUAUCAGAAACAUGUUGAGUGUGUGUCAUUUGCUGCUUGAGCAUCCAUCCAUCCAUCCAUGUUGCAUGGGUAGAAGACCGGGACAGGUCAAAGGGCAUGCUCUAGUAGUAGAAUGGAAGCAUGCUGUUUUGACCUCUCACCUUUGACUCUUGACCUCCACUUUGACUGACAGCAUCCACGUUGCGCUGCACAGGUUAUAACUUCCGUAUGAACCUUGAUAGACAUGACUUAACUAACCCAGAACCACCGUACAUAAGUUUGACGUCAACAAACACCUCCCAAGAGUAGCAAAAUCAGGAGCACCUUUCUUUUAAAGUCCUCUUCUUAAAAGACUGUUAGUAUAUUAAUACUCAUUAUUAUAAUCAUCAAUAUUAUGCAGACGUGUUGGAGACAUUUCUAGAGGAGAUCACUAUUUUGCACAUAAUCCACUAUCUAGUUUGACAAUGACUGCUCUUACAGAAUAAAAGGCGCUAUCUAGAACCUUAAAGGGAGAUUCGGCUGUCUCCAUAGGAGAACCCUUUUGGGUUGCAGGUAGAACCCUUUUGGGUUCCAUGUAGAACCAUUUCUAUGGAGGGUUCUAAAUGGAACUAAAAAAAGGGUUCUGUCUGGAACCAAAAAGAGUUCUCCUACGGGGACAGCCGAAUCACCCCUUAUGGAACCAUUUUUUCUAAGAAUAUACACAGAGGCGUUGAGAGGAAAAAGCUAAGAAGUUAAUGUCUCGAUUUAAAAGAUAGCAUGAAUAUGACUGUCUGAACUAGCACCCAUUCCCUUUAUAGUGCACUACUUUUGACCAAUGAAGGCCACUGGUCUAAAGUAGUGCCCUAUGUAGGGAAUAGGGUUCCAUUUGAGAAGCAGACUAUGACUCGUUUUCAAGAGGCCUUACUGGCCAGUUAGUGUCCAUUGGUUGAAUCAUGAAUGUUUCUCUCCCUCUGUUCCUUCCAGGUCGGUUAAGAUAUUGCACCGUUAUACUGUAGCAUUUCACAGGACGGUUCCAGAUUCCACAUGGAGCAAACACAGUAUUUUGAUAUAAAAUAUUCAGACAAACAUAUUAUAUGAUCACUUUAUUGAGGUUUGACCGUCUUUUUUUUUACCUUUAUUUAACUAGGCAAGUCAGUUAAGAACAAAUUCUUAUUUUCAAUGACGGCCUAGGAACAGUGGGUUAACUGCCUGUUCAGGGGCAGAACGACAGAUUUGUACCUUGUCGGCUCGGGGAUUUGAACUUGCAAACUUCCGGUUACUAGUCCAACGCUCUAACCACUUGGCUACGCUGCCGUCUUCUCCAACAUAAGUUGUUUUUCUGGUUUGAUUUGACCUUUCCUAAAGCCACGUGGCAGAGAGAUGAUUGUGUACCUAGUAUGGAUAACAGAACCCCGAGGAUGAGUAGUUAACUAUUGGCGAUGAAGAGGGGUUUGUGUGACUAUCAACGGCAUAAAUAGUUGGGGGUUGGUUCAUGUUGAGUUAAAGACGUUGUUUUGUUGGGCCGCGUCUCACUUUGGUAAGGCAGUAGUAGAACGUUGUACCCAUCAGGUUUAAACAAGUCUGUAAUACCUUUAAAUACUUCAGUAAUACCCUAAAUCAUGAUUUAGUCAAUCGUGCACAGAAUCAGAAGACUGACUGGUGGAAGGGUAGACCACUUUUUUGGCAAAGUCGUCUGUCCUGAUUACGUUUAUAUGUGAAAUAACCAUUCACAAAAAACAACAAAAGUAAUUUGUUUGUGAUAUUAGUAGUGGCACUACUGUUAAAUGUAGUAUUUUAAGAAGAACAGCACUAUUUAUGGUCAUUAAAAUGAACUAGAAUGUGUAUUGUGCAUUGUGGUAGCUUUGGAGGCAGCCAUUUUGUUUUGUAUCAAUUUCCUCAUGCUCAGAGACAGUCACUCACUUCAUGUGAGGGGUUCGACAUUUUCUCAUGCUCAGAGACAGUCACUCACUUCACGUCAGGGGUUCGACUAGUUUUUGGGGAGUUGUUGAGUGAACUUGCCCAAAUCCGAACCCCCCUUUUCUCCUUUGAAUGACAAGUCUGCAUGGUCUCACCAACAGACAUUUCCGCCCAUUCCCUCUAUUCUUACUUUUUAUUUUCUAUAAAGAAAAACAUUCUAUUACUUUAUUGUUCAUUUCUCGUUUCAUUCUUUCAUUUAAACCAAUUUUUAAAGACAAAUACAAAUCUGAAUAUUCAAUCACUUUUUCUACUUCUAUUUUCAAAAUAACUGAAAAAAACUAAAUAAAAAGUUGAUUUGUAUAUAAGUGAUGUACAGUUUGUAUCUGUUAAUGUCAGUCUGUCUUUGGUGACAGAGUCUGUCUUGCUUAUAACGCACGCUACCAGUAAAUAAAACAUGACAAAUAUAUUAGACUGUACGGUCCUUGAAAGCAAGUUUUAAAUUAAUCUGAUGUAUAUUCCUGUAACAUUGCAUUUUUAUCUGAGGAAUUAUGUUAUUAAAAAAUUGCUAAUAAAUUGCAUUUCCUACA